CCACCACCAAGAAAGAUGGAUUUGUGUUUUGUUUGUUUUUCUUGACUGCUGGGCGAAGUAUUGAACGCAUUUCCUUGGUUGUAAUUUGUAUUUUUUUCUUGGAGCAACACAGAGAGGAAGGCAGAUUGUUGGGUUUUUUCAGAGCUGCGGAGGUAGCAGGUGUUUCUGCUGCUCUAGGAAUGGAAGUUAGGUUUUUGAACCCGCACCCAAACAUGGAGGAAAUGACGAUAUGGGAGCAGCACACAAUAACCCUGAACAAAGAUCCGAAAAUAGGCUUUGGCUUUGCAUUGUCUGGUGGCCGAGACAAGCCUAACCCCGGCACAGGAGAGGCGGUGGUAGUGUCUGACGUGGUGAGAAAUGGGCCUGCCGUGGGGAAGCUACAGACCCGAGAUCAGAUCGUCAUGGUCAAUGGGGUCUCCAUGGAGAAUGUCACGUCGAAUUUCACAAUUCAGAACCUGAAGGCCUGUGGAAAAGUAGCCAACAUUACAGUGAAGAGGCCGCGGAUGAUCCAGAUCCCCAUCAGCACCCGGCCAACCCGUGCUCAAUCCAGCUCCAACCUGCUGGCCGACGACCCCAACCACCGGCGGCCGCGCAGGGGCUCCGACAGCCCCAGCUAUGGCAGGGCCCCCCGCAGGGGCCGUAGCGCCUCCCCAGAGCGCAAUGGCCACGACCUGGCCCUCAUGUCCGGCUUCAAACGCCUGCCGCAACAGGACUCCCCGGACAAGCCCGUCAGAACCACACUGAUCAAGAAGAAGCCGACGGACGAGUAUGGAAUGAAGCUGGGAAGCCAGAUUUUUAUUAAACACAUGACGCCUACUGGACUGGCUGCCAAACAAGGGACGUUGCAGGAGGGAGAUCUUGUUCUGAAGAUCAACGGAAUGACUACAGAGAACCUCUCACUGCUGGAGACCAAGCACCUUGUGGAGAAGUCAAAAGGCAAGCUCACCAUGGUGGUCCUGCGGGACAACCGAAAGUUCCUGGUCAGCAUCCCUGAGGUGGAGGACAGUCCACGGAAUAGCGAAGAUGAGCGGCACGGAGACAGCUCCGAGCUAGAAGACAUCUCAGAUCUGGAUUCAGAUUCCCCCACCAGGGGCAGACCAUCACGUCCCACAGCCCGAGAGCGCCGUACAAACAGAACUCGAGCAGAAGCUCCUCCACCGAUGCUGAAGUCCCGCGAUACGUCUCCCGUGCGGUCAACGCUGAGCCGACCUCCUGUGCACAGCCUUCCCAGACGGAGAGUUCCCUCUGAGUCUGAAUCAGACAGAAGUAAUUCUCCACCCCCUGCAAGAAAGGACAGCCGAGAUCUGACAGACUCUGACCGAUACAGGGUUCUGUCCGGCCUCUCCGCCCUGCCCAAUCCCCAGCCCUCCCGGUCUCCCCAAAACUGGAGCCCCGCCCACCUCCCUCAGCCUCCUCGCCCACAUAAACCUGUUUCAGAUUCGGACUCCGACAGGAGCGGCUCUCCCCCGCCCAGACGCAACAGUCCCAAGAUGAUGGACGCGAGAUACAAAGUCCUCCCUGACCUGGCACCCCCCAGCCUGCGAGCCAACUCCAGGGGCUCCUCGCCGUACAGACCUCCACCGCCAGAUUCGGAGUCGGAGUCAGAUGGCAGCCACCACCAGGACUCACGCAGCAGAUACAGAAAGCCCUCGGGCGUUGUUAAAGCUAAAGCCCCUGCGGUAGAGCCCCCGCGCUGGACCCCUCCCACAGCACCCAAUCCCACCACCUACCGGGGUCACACGGAUUCGGAGUCCGAGGCAAGUUAUGCCUCUGCUCCAAGACAGGAUUCUCCCAUCAGCAGGGGAUCCAACAACUCCAGGAGAGCAAUUGGUCUUCCUGAAAUGCGAGCAUCACCAGUCGUUGUCAGACAGGCAGAUUCUCUACGCAGAGCCUCACCCCCUGCCAGACCUCCACCUGAAGAGUCCUCUGAGUCUGAGCGGGCCCCGUCUCCCCCCAGGCGGUAUGAGAGCACGGACGAGAGCGACCACAGUUUUCCACGUGCAAAUGGCACUGUGCGCUCUGAUGUGUCCAGGGCAAGCCACAACAAACCACAUGUCAGGGCUAUUGAGGAGCCAGUUUACUCCCUCCCUCCUGAUGCCUUUCCCACACAGAUCCCAGGGUAUAGCUCAGACCAAAAUGUUGUGGAAUUUGUGAAGGACGGCAGCGUGGGCUUGCGGCUUGUCGGAGGAAACGAUGUGGGGAUCUUCGUUGGGGGAGUUCAACCCAACAGUCCUGCACAUAGGCAGGGGAUGAAGGAAGGGGACCAGAUCAUGCAGGUAAAUGGUGUCGACUUCAACCACUUCACACGAGAGGAAGCAGCCAUGUAUCUGCUGAACAUCCGCACAGGGGAGCCAAUUUCCCUCCGCACACAGAACAAAAUGGACAUUUACAGGAAGAUUAUGAAGUCCAAUAUUGGAGACUCCUUCUACAUCCGUACACACUUUGACCACGAGGCAGAGGGGAACAUCGGCCUGAGCUUCACCCGCGGGGAGGUGUUCCGUGUGCUGGACACCAUGCACCGUGGGAAGCUGGGCAACUGGUUAGCUGUGCGCAUGGGGAAUGACCUGCACGAGAUGGACAAGGGAACCAUCCCCAACCAGACAAGGGCUGAGAUACUGGCCAGUACGGAGCAGGCCCAGAGAGUAUCAGCGGUUGAGAAACAGUCCUCGGGCCAGAGGGCAGAGUUCUGGAAGAUGAGAGGGCUUCGCGGGGCCAAGAAAAAUGCCCGGCGAACGCGAGAUGACCUCCUGCAGCUAACCAUCCAGGGCAAAUUUCCAGCCUAUGAAAAGGUCCUACUGAGAGAAGCUAAUUUUAAACGGCCCAUUGUCAUUCUUGGCCCUCUGAAUGACAUUGCCAUGGAGAAGUUGGCAGGGGAAAUGCCAGAUGAAUUUCAAGUUGCAGAUAUGGUUCCAAGGAAUGGAGCAGAGCGUACUUCGUCCACUGUGAUCAAACUGGAUACUGUGAGGAAGAUAGCUGAACAGGAGAAGCAUCCCUUACUGGAUAUCACACCUACAGCGGUGGAGAGGCUGAACUACAUACAGUACCACCCCAUGGUAUUCUUCCUGGACCCACAGAGCCGGAAAGAUGUAAAGACCAUGAGGCAACGCUAUGCUCCUGACUCCAACAAGAGCUCUCGCCGCCUCUAUACCUCUGCCUUGAAAAUUAGGAAAAACUACAGUCAUCUAUUCUCUGCCCGCAUCAAUUUGCAGCCCGGUUCACAUAGAUGGUAUGAGGUCCUGAAAGACAAAAUAAGGCAACAACAAGCCAAGCCCGUCUGGGUCUCCGAGGUUACGCUGGAGGGAGGGGAGACCGAGGUGCUGGAAGAGUUGGCCCCUGACCACGUCUCAGACUACCUGAGCUGUGAUAGCCGUGGCGCCAGCGACUACGAGGACACGGAUGGCGAGGCCUACACCGACGGAGAGCUUGGAGAACUCUACACUGACAACGAAGACCUCGACGACGCCUUCAGCCCCCCGGACAUCACGCGUCACGCCCGGAGCAGAGGGACCGCACUGGCCCGCUCCUCCGAGCCUGCCAGGGCCCAUGAUAGCCCCAGUCCAGAGGCCCACUACAGCCCAGCGCCACCCUCUGUGGCAGAGCCCGUGUACCAGCUCCCCCCUGACGAACGGCCCCCCAUCCUCCACGUCCCACAGCCCCGCUUGCAGCGCCCCCCUUCGGACAGCCCCCCACGUCAUGACGCCCCAUCCCCACGAAGCUUUAGUGACUCGGACUACAGCAACACGGAGAUUCAAGCCCCAACUUCGCCGUCCGAUGGACCACCAGACUUCCGGGCCCCAGACCCCAGGUCCGUAGGAGCGGCCUCGGAGUCACCGGAGCCUCCUCCAGAUAGUCCUCCUCCUCCACCACCACCCCCCGUCACGCUGUCUUUCAUAGAGGAGAAGCUGAAGAAGACUCGCAUGGUAGAAGAGACUGAAGAAAGACGGUCCCCUCAAUUCCUUGUGCUGGCACAUCAUGAGGCAGUGCAGAAUCGUCGGACUCAGAUCAAUGGGAGUGACAGCUCAGAGGAUGAAAAUGACAUUGAGGAUGUCAUUGUAGAUGAAGAAGAAUGGGGUCCAGCCACAGAACUGUAAAGGGCACAUUUUAUGUAUUAUUUAUCCUGGAAAUGCCUGCUGCUUAUAUUCCUCCUGAUAUCUUUGUUUGGAUUGCCAAGAGGGAGAUGACCUUACAGACAACACUACCUGAGGCCAUUAGCCAUUUGGAGGGGCUAUGUUUUCACAGUCCUGUACGCUGACUCUAUAAACUCUUGGACAUAUACUCCUAUGCAUGAACAAUUGCUGACUAAUAGCCUUGAUGUUUUAUACUGACUGUGCACAGAGUCUGAUUGGCUCGAUCGUAGAGGUUUAUGUUAAUUAAUUUUAAAUAAAAAAAUAUUCUAAAAUAUA